CUCGCCGUCUCUCCGACGCCAGGAUCCGGUUUCAUGCGCCUGUCAGCUGUGCAUCCAAAACACCGCGCCCUGAGGUUCUGCGCAGUCACUCGCCUGUUUCUCAUAAGGCGGCUUUUGCUGAAGGAAGAGGCGAUGUAUCCUAAUGCCGGGGAAUCAGGAAUUAGACGAUAGAGGCUUGAAGUGAUGCCCGUGUCAUGGGCACAGAGCGCGAGGCCAACGAGAAGGCGAGCGGGGAGGGCGAUGCGUCUCAACUGGAGGCUGCCAGUAUCGCCGACGUGUCUGUGGAGGUGGCCACAGUCGACCACACUCUGCACAAGAUCUGCAGGAAGUACAGGAAGACCAGGAGGAAGCCCAAGGGACUCAAGAGGCUGCAGGCGCACCUGUUGAGCAUCCCUCACCUGGCCGUCAUCAUCACAGCGGUGGUGUUCGUGGUGGUGGUCAUCAUGUGGUCCCUGCUGUGGGUCUUCCUAUUUCGCAGGGAAAGCAACAGUGGGGUGUAUUUUGCCGGUAUGUUUCGUGUUGCCAACGUGGAGUUUAUCCCGGAGUACCGCCAGGCAGAGUCCCGUGAGUUUGUAUCCAUGGCGAGCAAAAUCCAACACGUGGUGAGCAAUGUGUUCAAGGUGUCCUCGGUGGCCAGACUCUACAAGCAAGCCAUCAUUUCAGACCUCAGCAACAACGACAAGGGCGGCGUGCUGGUUCAUUUCUGGAUGGCGUUUGUGGUGCCUCAGUUGCGGAGCCAAUCCGUGUGUGAGGAGUGUGUGGAGGCCAUUUUCCGAGACUCGGUCCACAGCAGCAUGAUGAACAGGUCGUCCGUGGGCUACCUGCUGGGCCUCCCGGUGGAUAUGGACUCCAUCCUCAUCAACGCUGUUGAGCGAUGGGACUAUUCGUCGAGCGGAGCAGGCUCGCAGUGCGCGGGUAAGCUGUACGCCAGCCUCCCCGGGCUGAGCGUCCCCUUGAACGUCUUCUCGCCGUGGGGCGGCGUGAGCUGCCACGUGAAGCUCACCUCCGCGCCCGGCUCCGUGAUCCGCCUGACCGUCACCUCCUUCGUCAUCGAGCCCAGCGACUGCGUGAGCGACGGCCUGAGCGUGUACGACGCCCUGCUGCCCAUGAGGGGGCGCAUUCUGCACAGGAUGUGUGAGCCAGUGUCCAGCUCUUUCUCCCUGGUGUCUACUUCCAAUGUCAUGCUGCUGUCCUUCAGAUUGACCGAUGGCAACAAGAGCUUCCGAGGACACUUUGAGGCCAUCGCCGAAGAAGUGUCUAUGUCUCAGAUUGAGACCCAUAUAGAGCCUGACAUCAUCGGUCAGAUCUACAGCCCCUUCCACCCGAGCCUUCUGCCCCCACAGUGCUUCUGCACCUGGAAGUUUGAGACCCCUAGCAGUGCUUUAGGAGUUGCUCUGCAGUUUGAGAACUACGUACUGAAGCCAAAGGAAGUGAAUGGCUGUGAACACGGCUGGUGGAAGGUCAAUGAAAUCAUUUUCUGUGGCAGCUACGUGGGACACCACACGGUGUUUCGGAUCGCGGACCACAGCCCAGAGGUGGAGUUUCGCUGCAGCUCGCGUAUCUCGGCUCAGCCCUUCCAGGCGUCUUACAGCAGCUACAAUAUCAGCCAGCCCUGCCCAGAGAACCACUUCCUGUGCUCCACAGGACUCUGUGUGGAAAAGAGUCGACGCUGCGACGGCCUGGACGACUGCCAGGAUGAGAGUGACGAGGUCUUCUGCUCGAGGCCGACAAAGAACUGCGGCGGCAACAGCCCUCUGCAUCCUAUGUUCGUAUGCAACGGAGAGACGGACUGCACCAAUGGAAUAGAUGAGAUCAACUGCACUCAAGAAACACCCUGCUCCGCAAUCAGGUAUCAAUGCAACAGCGGCUCCUGCAUCUUGAAGAAAAAUGCAAAGUGUGAUGGUAUUCUUGACUGUCAGGACCACAGUGAUGAGGCUGAUUGUGCUUGUGGGCGUCCCUCCUCGGUGAAGAAGACCGGUUCACCUCCUGGACGCGAGCGUAUCGUGGGUGGAGAUAACUCCGUGGAGGGGGAGUGGCCGUGGCAGGUCAGCCUCCACUUCUCCGGUAACCUGUACUGUGGCGCUUCGGUCCUCUCCUCUGAUUGGCUCGUCUCAGCGGCACACUGCUUCAGCAAGGAGAGGCUUUCUGACCCACGUUACUGGAGCGCCCACCUCGGCAUGCUGACGCAGGGGAGUGCGAAACACGUGGCGGAGAUCCAGCGCAUCGUGGUGCACGAGUAUUACAACGAGUACACGUUUGACUAUGACAUCGCCCUGCUGCAGCUGAAGAAGCCCUGGCCCCCCUCGCUCAGCCCGCUGGUCCAGCCCGUGUGCCUGCCGCCCUCCUCCCACGCCGUCACUGACAGCCAUCGCUGCGUCGUCACCGGCUGGGGAUACCGCCACGAAGACGACAAAGUGCUUCCGUCAGUGCUGCAGAAAGCAGACGUGUCCAUAGUGAGCCAGACCGACUGUAAGAAGAGCUUAGGACCCGUCUCGUCCCGCAUGCUGUGUGCCGGGGUCCCCUCUGGAGAGCGGGACGCCUGCAGGGGCGAUUCGGGGGGGCCUCUGGCCUGUCAGGCACCGGGCGGGGGGCGCUGGUUCCUGAUUGGCAUUGUCAGCUGGGGGUCGGGCUGUGGCAGACCAAACCUGCCCGGGGUCUACACCAGGGUGAACAAGUUCACCUCCUGGAUCUACAGCCAUAUCAGCUGACACGAUGAAACCCUUAUUUAUCCGGUGCCAGAAGAUUUAAAUCACACCAAUUAAAGCAUCUUCGGUGGACUGUGUGUUUAUUGAAGAGCAUCAUUUGCUUUGUAUUCAUGUGAGGACACCCCAAGCAAAGCAAACUGGCAGUGCCUUAAAAGAUUUGAAUUAUAAUAAAGUAUCUUUCCUCCCUCCAAGUCUGUAUGUUCAGAUGUUUAGUUUGUGCCCCCCCUCCUCCCCCCACAUGGAGCAUCCAAGGACGCAGCAGCCGGGCCCCAUGUUCCCCUCCUGUAUCUUUGCUCCCACGUACACAGCGAGGACUCACAAUUUGCCCACAGUGUCUGUCGUGCGGAUGGUUGUGCAGGUCGCAGGCUGAGCCUUUUCAUAGUGCUCUCAUUGUCCCCCGCACUGCAUUCUGGGGCUCCGUGUGACACCUGUCACCCAGUUCAGGUAAACGGGAGUCCGGUGAA